AUGUCUAGUGCAUAUGACAGAGAAUCGCAGAACAACUCGCGCCUAGACGAACUCUCCUCCAAAGUCUCCGCGCUACGAGGCGUGACAAUCAACAUCUACGACAAUGCACGAAGUCAGGAUGUCAUCGAUAGUAGUUCGGAAGUUUUCUCCUCCAUGUCCGGUAGCAUCAAAGGCUCCGCCCAACGCCUCGGCCGCAUGGCACAAAGUGGAAACAAGGUUGCUAUCUUCAAAUUGGCUGGCAUAAUUGUAGCUGUGGUUGUGGUGCUCUGGUGGAUUCUUCACUUGGCUUUUGGCUCACGAGCUUCGUGA